AUGGGAUCGCCUCUUUCACCGGUUAUAGCCAAUAUCCUCAUGGAGCACUUCGAAACAACGGCACUCCAGACUCUCUCACAACGCCCUUCUCUCUGGCUCCGAUAUGUCGACGACACAUUCGUCAUCUGGCCACAUAGCAGACCUGACUUAGACCACUUUCUCGCCCACAUCAACCAGCAUCACCCGAGCAUCAAAUUCACCAUGGAGACCGAGCAAAACAACAGCAUCCCCUUCCUAGACGUUCUCGUUACCAAAUCACCAUCCGGCAAGCCCGCUCAUCAAGUCUACAGGAAACCCACACACACCGAUAGAUAUCUUCACUACAGAUCCUUCCACCAUCCAUCCGUACUACAAUCAGUCCCCAACGCCCUCAUCCGCCGAGCCCAUCAACUCAGCGAUGCAGACCAUCUAGACCAGGAAAUCCAGCAUGUCACCACAGCCCUAACCAGCAUCAAUUACGAAUACCCAAGACAUAAGAUCAAAUCCAAGACUCCCGCCAACAAGCCCGCAGCUAACUCCACCCCUGAAGAGAACCAACCCGCAGCUACACCACCGAAGCAAACUAUUGUUCUUCCCUAUAUCGGUCAAGCCUCUCUCACAAGAUUCAACGUAUCCUUCAAGCAGCAGACAUCCAAGUUCGACACAGUUCCUCCAACAAACUCCAUUCGAUACUCCACUCCCACAAAGACAAGCAUCCAAACCACAAGAAAGCUGGAGUCUACAAAAUACCAUGCGAAUGUGGAAAAGUCUACGUUGGUGAAACGGGGAGAAAUCUGGAAACAAGACUCAAGGAGCACAGAACCAGCUUCGGACUCAGCGAUUGGGAUAAGUCCGCCAUCGUCAAACACGCCCAGCAACACGAACACACCAUCAAAUGGGAUAACAGUCAUCUUAUCUCCAUAA